UAGAAGUCACGUUACCGUGAGUUUUGCUCGGUAGCGUAAUGGCGAUGUUGCUGAACCAGUCUCAGCCUCCCCAGGGUCGGGAGGGUGGCGGAACUCAAGUAGGUUCUCUUGGCCCUGGAAUACCAGUUGGGCAGCAACAACAGCAGCUCGGCCUUCAGCAACAACAGCAGGAUUUUGACCCGGUGCAGAGAUACAGAAUGCUCAUCCCUCAGCUAAAGGAAAGUCUGCAGAACCUCAUGAAGAUAGCAGCCCAGAACCUUGUACAGAACACAAACAUUGAUAAUGGACAGAAAAAUGCUGACGGGCUAGUGCAAAGGUUUGACAAAAGCCUGGAGGAGUUUUAUGCCAUAUGUGACCAACUGGAGCUUUGUCUACGCCUUGCCUAUGAGUGCCUCUCUCAAAGCUAUGACAGUGCCAAGCAUUCACCUACGUUGGUGCCCACAGCCACUAAACCUGAUGCAGUACAGACAGAAAGCCUACCUUAUACCCAGUAUUUGAGUAUGAUCAAAUCUCAGAUAUCCUGUGCCAAAGACAUACACAAUGCACUUCUUGAGUGCUCUAAAAAAAUAAUGGGGAAGACUCCAAACACACAAGGUGGACUAUAACAGCUACUUACUGCUUGCUCACCAAUAUACAGUGGACUACUAAAUAACUUUCAUAUCACAGAAGGAAUAUUUUCAACUGCUUUUUUUUAUCCUCUAUUCUCAUUUAUGUUAUGAGAGAGUAGGCGAUUUUGAGUUUACUUUUUGUUUUGUUUCCUAUGCUGUAGGUAUUUAUUGAGAGGCUGUGUAGUGGUACAAAAAUAUAAUCUUUAAAUUCUAAAGGUUAAA